GCAGCAGUUCAACAUCGGCAAAGUGCGAUCGAUGGGCGGUCCUGCGAGCUCUGCGCCGGAUUAAAAGGGUGAAGACUUCAGGUCCCCAUCCCCGUGCUCUCAACUUCCAGUUUCUUUACUGUCCUCCGAGCCUAAGAAUCCGCCCUCUAGUCCGGUUUGCCACGCCUUCGGCCAACUCCCUGCUACGACCAUUCACGAAUCGGAGGGUUAUCACGACCAACGACCCCUCAUGUUUGGACGGCAAUCUGCUAAUGGAGGGGGGAGAGGGCCCCAGUUCCCUUCAAUUCCUCGAAGGAGGAUGGAACUUACCAGAUCAUACGCUCCGGACUGGAUUCUGGUGAUAGUGAUCACUGGAUGUUUCUACUUUCUUGAUAGCAUUCAUGGUUACUGGAGGGAGUUUUCCCUUACUGAGCCAUCUAUCCAACACACCUUCACAGAGAAGGAACGAGUACCGAACUGGAUGCUAGGGGUAUUGGCGCUGGUACUCCCAGCUGUCCUUAUGCCUGUCAUCAACGCGAUGACUAUUCGAAGUUGGUGGGACUGGCACAACUCGUGGCUUGGGCUACUCCUGAGUUUGUCAUUGACUGCAGUACUCACACAAACAGUGAAGGUGACGGUUGGCCGCCCCCGACCGGAUCUGAUUGCAAGAUGCCAACCGAAGCAAGGGUCACAGGAUACCUCCCCUUAUGGCCUGGUGACUGCGUCUAUUUGUACGCAGACCGAUAUGUCAAAACUGAAGGAUGGCUUCCGGAGCUUCUGGAGUGGUCAUUCGAGUUUGUCCUUUGCUGGACUUGGAUUCCUCAGUUGGUAUCUCGCCGGAAAACUGCGCGUUUUUGAUCGCAAGGGCCAUACUUUCAAGUCAUUCUUAGCCAUAGCGCCUCUAACUGGUGCGAUGCUCGUCGCAAUCAGCCGUACAAUGGACUACAGACAUCAUUGGCAUGACGUUCUCGUGGGAUCGACCGUUGGCUUGCUCCUGUCCUUCUUUGCAUACCAUCAAUACUACCCAUCACUCGCAUCAUCUUAUUCGCAUUCGCCAUUCUCCCCUCGGAUCUAUCCUGACGAACUCCGGAUCCACCGGCACGCUCCUUCGUCUGUUCCACUCAUAGGUGGAUACAUGGAUCAUACUCCGGACGUGGAGGGAGGAAGCGGCUAUGACCAUGAGAGGGAAGGUCCAGUGCCUCCGGUUACGGUGCCAAGGGACGCGGGUUCGGAACCUGUCCCCCUCCAUCACAUCGGUCAACAAUGAUUGCCAAAGGAUGUCUUACGUUCAUGCCCUGAUUUGUGCUCUGGAUAAUGCAUGAUUUGGACUAAUUCAUGACUCCACUUCGUAAUGGGUUUUCUGCUUGAUGAUGAAUCUGUCUUAAUACCGUGGCCUCGUGUAUACGUGGCAGCGCUAUCUCGUUACCGUACAUGAGGGGAUCAACUUUACUUGGUUGUUGUCGUUGGGCAGAUGGAAUCGGGUCUGGGGAUUUGCGUCGUGAUGAAAUUAUGUAGCACCUCUUCCUGUCUCCCUAUGUUCUCAUCUGCCUAAGUCUCGCUGGGUGUUGUGCCCUUGUGUGUCGUCACUGUUGCCCUUGACUUUUGAUGAAU